AUGAGUAAACAGUCGCAAAUGACGAACUUUUUCAAACAACCGCACAAUACAUCGACUUCUGAUAAUCAAAACUCAAAUAUUACAAAAAAACAUAAUUUGGAUACUACUCAAAAUGUUGAUGAACCAUCACUCAAAAAGGUAAAAAUAUUAAAAUAUAAAGAUAGUUACGUUAAAUAUGGCUUUACAUACUUAAACGAGAAUGGAAAGGAUGUUCCUCAAUGUGUUAUUUGUGGUAUGACAUUAGCAAAUGCAUCACUAAAACCAAAUAAGCUCAUUAGACACAUGGAAACUAGUCAUGCUCAUAAUGAGCACGUGACAAAGAUUAAAAAAAUACCUAUGUCUAAUGAUACGAUAAGUAGAAGAAUAAAUACUAUGUCUAAUGAUAUUGAAAAUCAGCUUAGUGAAAAAAUCAAAAAAUCAAUUUUUUACGCAAUACAGCUCGACGAAUCUACUGAUAUAAAUAAUGAAGCUAUAUUAUUGAUGUAUGUGAGGUAUGUAGAUACUGAUCUGAACGAUAUACAAGAAGAGUUUUUCUGUUGCUUAAAUUUAAAAACAUACUGUACUUCUGAAGAAAUUUUCGAAACCAUUUCAUCUCAUUUCCAAAAAAUUAAUUUACAAUUUUCGAACUGUAUCGGUAUUUGUACUGAUGGAGCUGCAGCUAUGACCGGAAAAUUUAAUGGCCUUGUCACACGCGUUCAACAAAUUGCUCAUAAAAACAUUAUAUCAACACACUGUUUCAUUCAUCGUGAGCAAUUAGCAACUAAAGAUAUGAACGAAAACCUAUUUGACGUUCUAAAUAUAUGCAUAAAAAUAGUAAAUUUUAUUCGAGCUAGUGCCGUAAACACUCGCGUUUUUAAAGUGAUGUGUGAAGAAAUGGGUUCAGGUUUUAAAAAUUUGCUAUUACACACUCAUGUUCGAUGGUUGUCGCGAGGAAAAGUUUUGACUAGGUUAUUUGAACUGAAAACGGAAGUAGAAAUAUUUUUAAGAGACAAAAAAUCACCAGUUAGUGAUUAUUUCGAAAAUAAUGUGUGGUUAGCCAAACUUGCAUAUCUUUCCGAUAUAUUUUCAAUUCUUAAUGAAUUAAAUUUAAAAGAACACUUAGGUAGAUUAAGAGAAAAAAUGUCCAAAUAUUUCGACCCCACAAAAGACAUUCGUAAAAAUUGUAAUUGGGUAAUAAAUCCAUUCGUACAAUCUGAUCAAAAUAUACUAUCAUUAACAAAUGAAGAAAAGUUGAUUGAAUUGAGUGCAGAUGUGGGCUUACACGAGAUUUUCAGAAGCAAUAAAAAUAUAGGUCAAUUUUGGAUAAAGGUUCAAAAUGAAUAUCCUAGUUUGGCUGAAGAAGUAUUAAAAUUACUUAUUUCAUUUUCUACUACAUAUUUGUGUGAAAAUGGUUUUUCCACAUUAACAACAAUAAAAAAUAAAACUAGAAACCGUCUGGAAAUUUCAUCGGCUAUGAGAAUUAGCUUGACGAAGUCAAUUGAACCAAGAAUUGACGAAAUAAUAUCACAUCAACAGCAACAACCAAGCCAUUAA